CACAAAUCAGAGCGCUGGCACGCUCUGCCGCCGAUGGCGCUUGUCGCUGCUAGCACCGAUAGCGCUGCAAUUUUCUGGGCUAGCAUGCCCUGUGGAAGGGCUGUUGGCGCGCAUGUGGGCUCCUUUGCUGCGAGCUUAGCGGGCUCUUCAGCAGCCUCAGCGCCCCCACCCGCCCUCGACAAUGCCUGUUGCCGCUGCAACCAUGUUGACUUUGGAUCCAAUCGCCGGCUGGCUCCAACAUCCCACUUACCCAAAAGGCGAGCCCCAUGUCGCUUUUUUUUUUUCCUGCUUGCAAGAGGCAGCGAAUGACAGCCUUGACGAAGCGAUCCCGAAGCCCAAGAGAUUGGUUGACUGGCGAAGCAAUCGAUCAAUCAGUCAAUCACGUCGAAGCUCCAGCUGUCCAUCCGUCUGCAGUGCUACCUAAA